CAUAUUAAUAUAAGAAAAAGGAUUGCGUUGGGAAGUGAGGACAUACAUUUGGACAUAAAUAGGAAUAACGACACACAUACACAUUCAAUACUAUAUAUAAAAGGAGAACAAAUUAAAGGAACUCUUCAUUUCAUUGUUCUUAGGACUUCUUACAUACAAUCAACAAUCGUCAAGUCCACAAGCAAAGGAUCUAAAAAUGGCUGCAGGCAAUAAUAAUAAUAAUGGUGAUGAAGUUGCAGUGGUGUUGUAUUGGGGAGGGGAAAUGGUGAAGUGGGGAGACCUGGGCGGCGGCUCUCUUGAUUACUCCCACCGUCCAAUGGCUAUGUGUUUCUUGAGCCGCGGGAGCCGCCGCCGUCUCCGCGACCUCAGUUCCAAAGUCCAAGCUGCUAUGAAAGACGGAAAGAACGAUGGAACCGGUGUCUCCUUGUUCGGGAGGUACCCGACGACUCUUCCGGGUGGAAAAGUGGUUUGGGUGGCCAUUCCGCUCACGGAUUACGGUUCCUAUCGUUGGUUUUUGGACGAAGCGGCUUUGCUUUCCAAGCCGCUUCAUGUCUAUGUCGUUCCUUCUGAUGAGAAAAGGAUAAUUAUAGAUGAUAACAGGGAGAAGAAGAAGAAGAAAAGGAAGAAGAAAGAAGAGCAUAUAUGCUUCAAUGGACAAUGCGCCUCCCUAGGGAAGAGGAAACGAAGAGGGCUAGCUAUAGCCAUGAAACGCAAAAGGAAAAUAGAAAUCACCCUAAAUAAGACUAAAACAUAGAGAAAAGUACCAAAAUAGGACUUUCAUGUUUUUUUUUCCCGAAAUAGGACUUUGCAUUGUGGUAAUGUGACUUUGCAUUGUGGUACUGUGACAGUGUACAUGUGCGCAUUACCAUACGUUUUUGGUAAUGUAUAUGACCAUGUUUGGUAAUGUAAGUUCUAUUUCGGGAAUAAAAACAUGGAAGUUCU